GGGAUUUAUCUUGCAUCUGCCGUUGCCCUAUACUUCACCCGCCUUUGGCUAUUCUGUCUGUGGACCUUCAAGCAGUCAAUCAAAGGGUUUUGUCUCUCUACCUCGCUUUUCUCUCUCUAAAAAUCUCUCUUCCCUCACUUCGAUCAUCAAUGGCUGACAAGACUGAGUUCGUUCCUCGCCCUAAUCUGAUCCCCAAAGAUGUUCAAGGACCUGAUGAUUCCAUUCCACUUUCACCACAGUGGCUUCUGCCAAAACCUGGGGAGAAUAAAACUGGAGUGGUUACUGGGGAGAACCAUUUUAGUUCAGUUCCAGCUCACACCAGUCGUUCAGAUAUUACGAAAUUACCUGGAGGCGGAGAGGAUUUGAAUGCUAACCAGAACAAGAAAGAUGUUUUCCGUCCAUCCAUACGCGAUGUGGAAUCUGGUCGUCGUGAUCGCUGGCGUGAUGAAGAAAGGGACACAAAUUCCUCUGUCCGCAAAGACCGAUGGAAGGACGAGGAAAGAGAGCACAGUAAUAACCGCUGGGCAGACCGAUGGACUGAUUCAUCUGGGAAACAAUAUGGGGAAGUACGUCGUGCCCCAGGAGAGCGAUGGACUGAUUCAACAAAUAGAGACAGUCAUGACCAACGUAGGGAGAGCAAAUGGAACACUCGAUGGGGGCCUGAUAACAAAGAGGCUGAUGCUGUGCGUGAUAAGUGGGGGGACUCCAUUAAAGAGACUGACUUACAUCUCGACAAAGGGUCCUCCCAACCUCAUCAUUUGAAGGAUGAGAGGGAUGGGGAUCAUUAUCGACCAUGGAGAUCAACUUCUUCUUACAGCCGAGGUAGAGCCGAUCCCCAUCACCAAGCUGCAACCCCAAACAAACAGGUUCCAACAUUUUCACAUGGCCGUGGACGUACAGAAAAUCCUGCACCGUCCUUUUCUCUUGGAAAGGGUAGGUCUAGCUUUACAGGUAGCUCUGUCACCCACAUGACUGUUAACUUGCAAUCACGUGGGCCUAUCUUAGAAAAAGGUGAUAUUGGUGAUGGAGAGCCCCAUACUCUAAAAUAUAGCAGGACAAAAUUGAUUGAUAUAUACAGGACAACUGAUAUGAGGUCAUGCACAAAGUUCUUAGAGGGUGUUAUUCAAGUGCCUUCUCUCACAGAUGAAGAAUCUGUAGAACCUCUGGCAUUUUGUGCACCUGCAUCUGAAGAAUUGGUUAUCCUAAAGGGAAUUGAAAGAGGAGAAAUCCUGAGCAGUGGUGCUCCACAGAUCAGUAAAGAUGGAUCUGCUGGCCGUACGACUACUGACUUUGGGCAGUAUAGACGAAGCAAACUUGCAGGCAGCAGAGAUGAUUUGCCAGCAGAAGAUUCUAAACAUGAGAUGGACUAUGCCAGAGGUGGAUAUUCAAAUCAUUCAGAAAGCUUGUCCCAUGAGAAGCAGAUUAAUUCUUGGCCUAAUGCAAAUGUUGAGACAGCACAGGACUAUCAGGCCUUUUCUGAGCACAAAUUGAAUUCUGGAGCUGUGAAAGAAAAUAUUGGCAAUCAUAGGAAGAACAAUGAUGUUUCUGCCACUAGGGAAUCCAGUGCGCCAGGUUAUGCUGGUUUGUGGAAAUCUUCAUCGUCUGCAGACCACUCCAAUUCUAUCCCUCAUGAUUGGAGAGAGCUAGCUGCUGAGGUUCAGAAAGAUUUUAACUGGGAAAACAGUUUGAUGGAUCCACUGACCACCAGGAAAGAAGGACCUACAUGGCAGAUGGGUGAUCAUCAAAUUAUGAGAACGCAACCAUCUGCUGUGUUGGACAGGGAGAUGGAACCACAUAAAACUUCUCAGCCAUCUCCUGAAGACCUAGUUCUGUACUAUAAAGAUCCGCAGGGUGAAAUUCAAGGUCCUUUUUCUGGGAGUGAUAUCAUUUCAUGGUUUGAGGCUGGGUAUUUUGGCAUAGAAUUGCAAGUUCGGUUGGCUGGUGCACCAGCUGAUUGCCCAUUCUCUUUUCUUGGUGAUGUGAUGCCCCACUUGCGUGCCAAAGCUCGACCGCCUCCGGGAUUUAGUUCACCCAAACCAAAUGAAAUCCAAGAUGCUUCUGGUAUGUUGAACUAUGGGAGUUUUGCAAAGCUUCAUGCUGUCUCAAACGAGCCUGAUGUGUUGAAAACUGGUUCAAAUUAUAAACAUGGUUCAACAACAGAGGCAGAAAACAGGUUUCUGGAGUCAUUGAUGGCUAGCGGUAUUCAGGGAUACAGUGGAAAUAAUUCUGGUGCACUUCCUCCUUUGGGCUCUAACAGUGGGGAUGACCCAUAUUUAUUAGCCAAAAAGAUGAUGCUGGAGAGGCAGAAAUCUUUGCCAAAUCCUUAUUCAAUUUGGCCUGGGAGAGAUGCAGGCCCCUCUGGUGCGAAGACAGAUUUGCUGAAUGACAUCUCACUGGCACACGCAAAGCUGCUAUCUUCUAUUGCGGACAGUGCUCGUGGACAAAACCAUUCUCAGAAUCUCGACUUGAUGUCCGUCCUUCAAGCCUUACCUGAAAGAGCUACCUCCACUGGCAACAAUGCUAUGAGUGGUUGGUUGAAUUUCCCCUUCCACGGAGGGUUUGACCAUCAGGAUAAGCUGGACAUUCACUCUCAAAACUUUCCUCCACAAUCAGGAAUUGGGAUACAACAGCAAAGGGUACACCCACUUAAUCCAUCUGCAACUAAUCCAUUGGCCCAAUCUAUGGAUAAUAAAUCCAACAUAAUAACCCCAGAAAACCUACUCGUAUCUGGUCUAACCCAAGAUCCACCACUGAGUUUGCUGCAACAGCAGUACAUGUUGCAGCUCCAGUCUCAGCCUCCAGUUGCACCGCAGCAGCUCUCACUUUUGGAUAAACUGUUGCUGCUUAAGCAGCAGCAGAAGCAGGAAGAGCAGCAGCAGUUAAUGCGACAACAACAGCAAUUGCUUUCAGAUGUGCUCUCUGAUCAUCAUCCCAAUCAGCGAUUAGGCGACCAAUCAUAUCUGCAAUUGCAAACUGGUGGUUUUGCAGCUGGAAAUCCUAGUAUAGGUCAUUCUUGGUUUCAGCAACCACUUGAGUCGCUUCAGAGGGAUGCACAGUUACAAUCCCUGAAUUUACGAGAUGAAAAUGCAAGCGCUUCUAAUAUCAUUUUACCUGUUUCAUCAGCCAGUGUUUCUCAGGAUAUAAACCCAAAUGUUGCUCCGGAAACUUCACCGCAUCUGCCACAUCAACCUUCUGGUAAUGUUGAGCAGAGGAUCUGGGAUGGCCUUCUGCCUGAUCAAAUUGUUAGCAAGCAGCAAAAAGGCUCUUCUGCACCUACUGGUUUGGAGAGAAUACCUGUUCCUGAAAUGGCAAGCAAGGAUUCUUUGGAACAGACAACAUAUGAUGAUGAAACUGUUGGAAUUGCAACCUCUGGUGUCGCUUCAAAUUUUCCACCUGUGGAACAUGUAGCAGAAUCAGUUUCCAAGCAAUUGACAGCUGCUUUUGAGAACAAGCUACUGAUCCAUGAAAAUGUAAAAUUAACAGAGAUUUCAGCCAGAGCAUCUGAAGAACCACAAGUUGUAGGGGACCAACUUGUUGGUGAGUCUUCUCCUGCAGAGGAAAUGAAAAUUCCCGAAGCACAGGAAGCAAAAAAACCGUCAGAAAAGAGGUCGAAAAAGCAGAAAGCUUCAAAGGUUUUGACUGACUCCGAAAGAGUUGUAUCUGAGCCACAACAGCCAAAGUCAGAAUUUGAAGGAACAAACUCAGCUAAUACAAAAUCCGAGGCAGUAAUAGUUCAUGGAAAUUCACUUGAAGCAUCUGUGUCCAAAAAGGAGAAGAGGAAGACUAGCAAAGUUGCUGACGCUGAUGCGGAUGUUCUACCAGGCAACAAACCAGUGCCUGCCCUCAUGUCUGCUGAUCAAAGCGUGAAAACUGAGAACAAGGAUCAGCCGGGACAAGUUGUUGGUUCAGAGCAAAAUCAUGCUGGGCAACGAGCAUGGAAACCUGCUCCUGGUUUCAAGCCAAAAUCAUUAUUAGAAAUACAACAGGAAGAGCAGAAGAGAGCACUGGAAGAAACAACAGUUCUGGAGAUCUCAACAUCUCUGGGCUCUAUGAACACCUCUGCUCCUUGGGCUGGGGUAGUUUUGAAUUCCGAUGAUAAGGUGCUUAACCAAACUCAUCAUGAUGCCAGCACUGAGUUAAAUUUUGAAAUAUCAGAGAGUUCCACAAUGCAGAAGAGCAAGAAGAGCCAAGUAGAAGAUCUGUUUUGGGAUGAUGUUGCCAAGUCAGGUGAGAGAGAGAUGCCAGUUUCUCAUAGUGCAGCUGGGGUACCUUCUAAAUCUAUUAUUGGUUCUCAAAUGGAUUCUGCUGCUGCUGAUGACUUUAUUGAGGCCAAGGAUACUAAAAAGAGUCGUAAAAAGUCUUCUAGAGUUAAGAGUGCAGGAGCUAAGGUUACUCCUGUAGCUUCAGUUGAUGUGUCUGUUGGAUCAAAUCCCACUGAAAAGGGAAAAAACACUCGCAAAGUACAGCUGGAGAAGGAAGUCUUGCCUGCAGUGCCAUCUGGCCCAUCCUUGGGAGAUUUUGUUGUCUGGAAGGAGGAGUCCGCAAGUCCAUCCCCUGCCCCCGCUUGGUCUACUGACUCAGGGAAGCAUCAUAAGGCUGCGUCAUUGAGGGAUAUCCUUAAGGAACAGGAAAGGAAGGUGCCAUCUACACCAGCAGUUCUGGUGCCAACUCCUCAGAAGCCUGCAGCUAAUCAACCUACCCGUGGAAGUGGUCCUUCAUGGUCAUUCUCUUCAUCAUCUCCUGCAAAGGCUGCAUCCCAUGCACAGAUCAAUGAAGCAUCUUCUCGUGUAAAACAUAAAGUUGAAGAUGAUCUGUUCUGGGGGCCGUUGGAGCAAGGGAAGCCAGAGGCUAAACAGUCAGAUUUUCCUCAACUAGGAAAACAGGGCAGCUGGGGAAGGCAAACGCCCCCUGCGAAAGGAACUCUUGGAGGGUCAUUGAACAGGCAGAAGUCUGUUGGUGGCAGGCCUGCAGAGUAUUCUUUUUCUUCAUCUGCUUCCUCUGCGCAGCCUGCCCUGAAAGAGAAGAAGAAUGCCUUAACUAAGCAUUCAGAGGCUAUGGACUUCAAGGAAUGGUGUGAGAGUGAGUGCCUCAGACUUGUAGGGUCAAAAGACACAAGUUUCUUGGAAUUUUGUUUAAAGCAAUCAAGAACAGAGGCUGAAUUGCUUCUGAUAGAGAAUCUCGGUUCCUUUGAUCCUGAUCAUGAGUUCAUUGACAAGUUUCUAAAUUACAAAGAUUUCUUGCCGGCAGAUGUUCUUGAAAUUGCCUUCAAAAAUCGGAAUGAUCAAAAGGCCACCGCCUCAGGAGUGGGAGACAUGACUUCCGGCUUUGUUGAUGUUUCAGGCUCUGAUAUGGGUACUGGUGCAGCAACUGAUGGCACCCCAAAAGGAGGAGGAAAGAAGAAGGGGAAAAAAGGAAAAAAAGUCAGUCCAGCUGUUUUAGGAUUUAGUGUAGUUAGCAACCGGAUUAUGAUGGGGGAGAUUCAGACGGUUGAAGAUUAAGCCGUCACAAGGAAAUUGUAAAUACAUUUAUGUUGCAACGGACUGUAAAUGUUUUUCUUUGAGGGAGGAUUUUUAGGCCGUAAUUAUAGAGCAACUGCAGCAGCUAAUAUGCCUGCUCAAGCAAUUUUGUCAAGUUAUCAACUGUAGGUUUAUUUUACUGAUUGUAAGUGAUCAGGCUUUAAUGAAAGGAUUAGCUAGUUCUUUAUA